AUGAGGGCAAUUAAUAAACAUUUGUAGGUGUUAAUGUUGCAGAAGGUUGGGGGAGUGGAUGGAGAUAACCAGAGUGAGAACUCACAGUUCCUUCUCCUGGGGAUGUCAGAGAGUCCUGAGCAGCAGCAGAUCCUGUUUUGGAUGUUCCUGUCCAUGUACCUGGUCACGGUGGUGGGAAAUGUGCUCAUCAUCCUGGCCAUCAGCUCUGAUUCUCGCCUGCACACCCCCAUGUACUUCUUCCUGGCCAAAUUCUCCUUCACUGACCUCUUCUUUGUCACCAAAGUCCCCAAGAUGCUGGUGAACCUCCAGUCCCAGAACAAAGCCAUCUCCUAUGCAGGGUGUCUGACACAGCUCUACUUCCUGGUCUCCUUGGUGACCCUGGACAACCUCAUCCUGGCCAUGGCAUAUGACCGCUAUGUGGCCAUCUGCCACCCCCUCCACUAUGUCACAGCCAUGAGUCCUGGACUCUGUGUCUUGCUCCUCUGCUUGUGUUGGGGGCUGUCUGUUCUCUAUGGCCUCCUCCUCACCCUCCUCAUGACCACGGUGACCUUCUGUGGGUCCCGAAAGAUCCACUACCUCUUCUGUGAGAUGUACGUCCUGCUGCGGCUGGCAUGUUCCAACACCCACAUCAUUCACACAGUGCUGGUUGCUACUGGCUGCUUCUUCCUCACCCCCUUAGGGUUCAUGACCACAUCCUAUGUACGUAUUGUCAGAACCAUCCUUCAGAUACCCUCAGUCUCUAAGAAAUACAAAACCUUCUCUACCUGUGCCUCACAUUUGGGUGUGGUCUCCCUCUUUUAUGGAACACUUGUUAUGGUAUAUCUGCAGCCCCUCCACACCUACUCCAUGAAGGACUCAGUAGCCACAGUGAUGUAUGCUGUGGUGACACCUAUGAUGAACCCUUUCAUCUACAGCCUGAGGAACAAAGACAUGCAUGGGGCUCUGGGAAGACUCCUAGGGAGACCCUUUCAGAGGCUUAAAUGAAGGUAAUUUUGGAAAGGGGAUCGAAGUGGAGACCGGAAAUCUCCUUCACCCACGUAAGGCAUUAUGCUGUGGGAUAUGCAACAGUCAUCAGGGUACAGCUGCAGCUCAGAAUGAGCAUAUCUGCCUGUGAUGAAGAAAAGACAUAAUGUGUAUCCCAGUGCCUCCAAGACCUCACCAGCCUUGGCAAUAAAUAAUGUCAUGCUAACACUACUACCAGGAUU